AGGAUCAGCCUGCUAAGGAACCUCCGCCUAAAGAGGAUCAACCUGCUAAGGAACCUUCGCCUAAAGAGGAUCAACCUCCUAAGGAACCUCCGCCUAAGGAAGAUCAACCUCUUAAGGAACCUCCACCUGAAGAGGAUCAACCUAAGGAACCUCCACCUAAAGAGGAUCAACCUAAGGAACCUCCACCGAAUGAGGAUCAACCUAAGGAACCUCCACCGAAUGAGGAUCAACCUAAGGAACCUCCACCGAAAGAGGAACCACCUAAAGAUCCUGAAUCAAAUCCUCCCACUAAUACACCAAAGGCAAAUAAUCCUAAGGAUAAUAAUGCGAAUCCAAAACAAGACGAAGCAGUUGUUAUAAAUUCAUCAAAUUUAAUAAAAACUCCCGAUAUCUCACCACCCCAAAAUCCAAAAGAACUCUCUUUAACACCUCCAACAUUUAACUCUUUACCAGAUGAGCUUUCAUCUCAAAGUAAACCUGAUAAAAAUGCAAUCAAUAAAAAUGACAAUUCAAAUAUAGAUAAAAGUAUAUCAGAUUCAGAUCAAGCCACAUCAACCGCUUAUAACCCAACAAAAGUAAAUGAUCCGUUAUCAAAUCCAAGUUCGACUACACAAUCGAUAUUACCACCGACAACGUUAGGAGUUCCAAUAAGUCCAUUUGAUCCGCGAUCACCUUAUCGUAUACCCGCUAUAAUCGGAUUAGUAAUAGCAAUUUUAUUAGCAUUAUUUUCUUUAGCAUUUUUAUUGAGAAAAACGGUGUUUUCAAAAAAAUAUAGUACUCCUUAUCAAAGAACUUAUUCGGUAGAUGGAAGUAUUCAUAAUAAAUUAAUUCAGCGACAAUAUUCCAUGACGGAUCAUGGUUUGCCUCCAUGGUCUCCAACUUCUUUUGAUAAUGAUGCCGAAGAAAUAAGGCUCCCCUCUCCAACCGUCAUACGAAAAUCUUGUUCCCCUCCAGACUCUCAUUUAGUUGAUAUUAAUUUAAAUGAAAAUAUGUCUUCUACAGCUUAUAAAAAUAUUGAAAGUAGUUCUUCAACAAAUGCUAAGCGGUCCUCGUUUUAUAAAGACUUGGCAAGAAAAUCAAGUUUAUUAAGAUAUGUCAAAGAUUUUGAUGAUGACAUAAUUGAGGAAGAAUCAAAUAUGAGUAGUAAUUAUGAUUAUCCAAAUCUGCCCGAUCAAGCUGUUACUUGGGAAGAAUGUAUGAAAUAA